CAGACUCUCCUGAGUGUUCUGUAAGGGAUCAGCCGGAAGACCUAUCAUUCCCAGGUGACAUUGUGCAGGGAUCAGACCGGAGACCGGACAGCGACCAGCUACAACCACAGUUUGAACAGGUAUCGAUCAAGAUGGAGACCCUUGUCCGCCGCUGUCCAUUUUUGACCAGAGUUCCGCAGACCUUCCUGCAAAAAGCAGGAAAGUCUCUGAUUUCUUAUGCCCAGAAUUGCCCAGUAAUGAUGGGGUUCAAGCCAUUAUCAAGUGCCCCCCUGAGUACCUCUGCUGUGCACCAUCAGGAAACAAAGGAGACCGCCUCAAAUGCCAACAAACUGCCUAAUGUCCCCUUUGAGCCACCUGCAGACCACAUGGGACCAAAUGGCAGCCAGAGCUCUUCAAAGUGCCCUUUCCUGGCUGCACGUAUGAGCCAAGAGACCACCAGUGUUUUCCGGAAGGCCAGCCUUGCGUUACAAGAGGACGUGCAUGAGAUGCAAACAAUGAGGGAAGAUCUAAGCAAAUCUACUAGAGCGUCUGGAGCAGCUGAAGAAAAGGCCCCAAAGACAAUUGGAAUGUUGGAAAAAUUCCAAGAGCGAGUGCUUCGCCAGAAACCCCAAGCUGUCUCUCACCUUCUGCAGGAUAACAUGCCCAAAUCUGUGCCCACAUUUAAGUAUGACACCUUCUUUGAAAAGAAGAUUGAAGAUAAGAAAAAUGACCACACCUACAGAGUGUUCAAAACUGUGAAUCGCCGAGCCCAGGUCUUUCCAAUGGCAGAUGAUUAUUCAAAUUCUUUGAUAACCAAAAAAUCAGUUUCCGUGUGGUGCAGCAAUGACUACCUGGGAAUGAGCCGCCAUCCCAAAGUUGUUGAAGCUGUGAUGGAUACUCUAAAAUUCCAUGGCGCUGGAGCUGGUGGAACAAGGAAUAUAUCGGGAACCAGUAAAUUUCAUGUUGAUCUGGAACACGAGUUGUCCGACCUUCACGGGAAAGAUGCGGCAUUACUAUUCUCCUCCUGCUUUGUCGCAAAUGACUCUACACUUUUCACUCUAGCUAAAAUGUUGCCAGGAUGUGAAAUUUACUCUGAUGCUGGAAACCAUGCCUCAAUGAUUCAAGGAAUCCGUAACAGCAGAGUACCCAAAUAUGUGUUUCGCCACAAUGAUGUUGCCCAUCUUCGUGACAUCUUGAAGAACUCCAAUCCGUCUACUCCAAAGAUUGUGGCCUUUGAAACAGUCCAUUCCAUGGAUGGUGCUGUCUGUCCUCUGGAAGAAAUGUGUGAUGUGGCCCACGAAUACGGAGCAAUUACGUUUGUUGAUGAAGUUCACGCUGUCGGUUUAUAUGGCGCCAAAGGAGGUGGAAUAGGAGACCGCGAUGGUGUAAUGAAAAAGAUGGAUAUCAUUUCAGGCACUCUUGGUAAAGCAUUCGGUUGUGUUGGUGGGUAUGUGGCAAGCACCAGUGGUUUGAUAGACACUGUGCGAUCUUAUGCAGCAGGCUUUAUUUUUACCACAUCCUUACCCCCCAUGCUUCUUGCUGGAGCAAUGGCAUCAGUAAAGGUAUUGAAGAGCGAAGAAGGACAGGUUCUCCGUCGCCAGCACCAACGCAAUGUUAAACUGUUGAGACAGAUGCUGAUGGAUGCCGGCCUUCCAGUUGUACAUUGCCCAAGCCACAUUAUCCCAAUCAGAGUUGCAGAUGCUGCCAAAAACACAGAGAUAUGUGAUAAACUGAUGAACACUUAUGAUAUAUACGUCCAAGCCAUUAACUAUCCUACUGUACCACGUGGAGAAGAGCUUCUGCGGAUUGCUCCUACACCUCACCACACACCUCAGAUGAUGAGCUAUUUCUUGGAAAAGCUACUGAUCACCUGGAAGGAAGUUGGCUUGGAUCUAAAACCCCACUCCACAGCAGAAUGUAACUUUUGCAGACAACCGCUUCACUUCGAGGUGAUGAGCGAACGCGAGAAAUCUUAUUUCUCCGGUUUAAGUAAAGUGGUGUCUGCCCGUGCCUGACAUCAAUCACAUGUCUUCUAGUGGGAGGAAAAAAAGUUAUAUUCACACAUUUAUAUAGUAUAUUGGCAGAUGUACUACUUUAUGUCACUAAAUAUGUUACGUCAACAAAUCACUACAGAUAUUUUCAUUCUGGGUAUUGUAGUAGAGUAUCGUCUAUCAAUAAAGUCUCUUGUAUUAAU